AUGGCCUUCCCCUCUCACUUCACUGUGGUGGAUCUGGCGCCGGCGGCGCUGACCACAUUGCCCGCUUGGGCCCGGGAGAUGAUGGAACUCAUGCCGAGCCGGGAUGAGGUCAUGGGCUUUCUGCAUUGUCGCUCUGCAGAGGUUCUGGUCCUUUCGAUCUUCCUUUUGGUGUAUCCGUGUCCAAAGGACUUUCUGACGAGCGUCCAGCUCAUACUGUGCUUGGUGCUGCUGGCUGUGCCAAAGCGCUUGGCCAAAUACACCAGCAAAUUCUUCACAGCCAGUGCCGGUGUGGCCCUGAUGGGGCAAGUGCUGGGCUUCACGGUGCUUCGCUUCAAUAAGGAGCUAAUGAGAUACUUUGGCAUGGCUCCCAAUGUGGCGCUUGUGUGUCGACAGCUCUUGAUCCUCAUCUUCGCAAAGUUAGAAGAGAUGGUGGAGGCUCCGGCGCCAGUUCCUGCGCCCAUGGAGCAGGAGAUGGUCGUCCUAGGAGGUUCCCAGAGAUCAGGUAGCGAGAUGCCAGCAGCAUGGCGGAUAGCACUCAGGUCCGACCCCGUGACGGAGGUGCGGCGGCUUCUGUUGGCGGUGCCGCAGAUGGCGGCGGUGUGCAUCGUGGCGAUCAACGCCGUGGAAGAGACCGCGUGGUGCCUCCCACCCUUGGCUGUGGUGGGCGCCUUCUAUGCCAGCGGCGCUAUGGUGAAGCCUCCCCUGGAGACGGGCAAGCGGAUCCCAGAUCAGGCAAGAUUCUGGAUCCAGGUGAUGGCCUUCAGCUUGGCUGUGGGGAUGCUGGGCGAGAUUUGCACGGCCCUGUGGUGGCCACCCUGGGAAGGUGUUCCUGGCAAGCCUCAACCAGCAGCCAUUGGCCUCUGGGAUAUGUGCAGAAACUAUGACCCCUGGAGCCCAGGUCUUGCACGGAGCGUUGAUGGAAGGGCUCAAUUUCCUGGAAUGCAUGCGAAGGCAGGCUGGGUGCCACAACGCCAGCGCUGUGGCCAGGAUGUAGUCUAUUGGCUUUGCCUCGAGAGUGGCAUUCGGGUGCCGAAGUUCGCCCUCUUCUUCGUCCUCUGCUGGAUUCUGCGCACAGACUGGGAGAGACGCCCCGACCGUGGCCGCGCCGCGGAACCGCGCAGCCGCUGGUUCCGCCGGACCAUGGCCUCAGUGUCCACGCGCUUCUUUGAGUCGUUGGCCCCAAGAAGGAGCACGACCGUGGCGGAACGAGAGUCGGAGCUGAAGUUGUUCAUCAUCACUCUGGCAGGGAUUUUUUGCUGGAUCUUUGUGAUUGUUGCUUGCGGGCUGCAGAGGCAGUUUAACCUCGUAGCACUGGGGUACCUUUGGAUGGCCCUGGCCACUAGCAGCUCAGUCACCAACGCCACUCUCUACCAUGACCCGGUGCGUGCCGUUCUGUGGCCCGCCCGGGCGGUGGGCAUCUUCAACUUCCUGGUCAUCAUGGCCUUCUCGGUCUGCCAAUGCCCAUCCUUUCCAUGCCCCUAUGCUGCGAAGCUUGAAGGUCUGGGCGGGCCAGACCACAUCAGCCGCUUCUUGAGUGGGGAGCAGUGUCUCUACGCCUCGCGCCACGCGGUGAGUGGCGAAGCGAGCGAUGCCUGGGCCCUGGGACCCCUCUUUCAAAGUGUUGGCAUGAUCAAGACGGGAGGGGCCUUGUCAGGCACUUUGGAGGAGUUGGUCCAUUGCUUGGUCUUUGUGAGCUGCUUAGUGCAGCGAAUCCUGGUGGAGAGAUGGAACGAAGAUCUCAGAGAACACUUCAAGCGCCGCAAGGCCUUGCUGGACUUCCGCGCCGAGUGGUAUGCCGAAAAACUGGCCACCAGCAGGCAGGUACAACUCUCGAUGUGGGACACGAAGCGUCAGGUAUUGCUCAACAAACUUGGGCGGGUCACCAAGCAGUUGAAUACUUUGCGCUCCAUUUGGGACGGCCAACGCCCUGCCUUUACUGAAGAGGAGGAGGAGGAGAACCUCCAGAAAGCACGUGUGGAGCACAUUUGUUUGCAGGGUGGCGUCAAUGAGCUUUUGGUCUCUGGGCUUCUCAAAGAGUUCACGAAGAACUACGCAGACCAAUUGCUCAACCUGCCUAGCCAGCAAAGGUUGCAGGCACAAGCGAUCAUCGACAAGGGUGUGGUCGAUUACUUGCACAGAAGGUAUCUGAGAAAGCUGAAGAUGAUUACAUCUGCAGAUGAAGCAGCUUCAAAGAAGCACCUGAUCCAGGAAUGCCAGAAUGAGGUGGAAGGCAUUUGGAAGGACGUCAAAGGUGAAGAGAAUGACGCUGUGGAGCUGGAAGAAGCUCCGGUGGAGCCUAGCAGCUCUUUCAGAUCCAGGAAGAGCGAAGAAACCUCUCAGGCACAGACGGUGAGGGCAUCCUUUUCAUCAGAGGCGGCGGUCGAUGAGCCCAAGCCCCUGAUGGGCAUGUGGUGGGUGGAGCUUUGUGGGACCUUUGUGGAUGAUAUGCUCUUCAUCCGGGAGAAGGAUGAGACCUUGUAUGAGCACCGCAAGGGAAAUUCCCCAAGACUCUUGCUUUGCAAAGCCUUGCUGAGCCAAUCUGUGCUGGCAUUAGUUGUCGCAGGUGCCCUGCAGUUCAUGUCUCUCCGAUCCUUGACUUCGGCCAUCAGCAUCUCCGUGGUUGUCAUGGCCUUGAUGGCCUUCCCGCACGUCCCCUGGACGGUGUGGGUUGCCCUGCAGUGGUUGAACUUGGCUGUCAUCUUCGCGAAGGUGGCCUUCCAGCUGCCAAUCUUCUGCGAGGACGGGCAUCUACAGUACCUCCCCUGCCAGAGCUUAUGCGACGAAGAGAUGCCCUUCACUGCUCUCUUGGGCUUAGUGAAGACCCAAGAGAAUGCCAGCGACCCUUGCUCUUUGGCACGCCCUACGCUGGGCGAGAUUCUUUGGGCAGACGUGGUCUUCGCAGUGGUCUUGCUGCUGGUGAUGUGCGCCGCACGACUGGGUGGUCGCUUCGGAAGUACGGCCCAGAUCUUGAACAGUUUGAAGGUUCUUGAGAAGAAGAACAGGAGGAUGAGUACCUAUCUCAACCGCGAAAUGCUGAAAGCAGCCCUUGGCAAAGAAGCAGACAGGGAAGCAGCCUCCGACUCCGACAGCGACAAGGAGGAGGAGGACCAAGAAGCUCCCCCCACAGGUUCUCAGCCGGUUCCGCAAGAAGAGCCAGCCAGGGUAGACCGGCGCCGCAGGGCCAGGGCGCGGUCAGAAGCACAGAAGUGGUUGGAGAGGGGUCGGCGGUGGCUGAAAGAGUAUGUCGUCCUCCCCGCCUAUGUCCGGAAGCCGGCCAUGGACCUCUAUGAGAUCCGGCUUUGCAUCGCCUUGAUUUGUCUUGCCAUCUUGGUCUUUGGCUGGAGCACCAUGGUGGACAGCGGCCGGAGCUUCUCCAAGGCUUUGAAGACCAACAACUUCAGCACCAAUCAGGUGCUUUUCAUGCUUAUGAUUGUGAUGGACCGAGCCUUGUACACCUGGUACCGUGGAGACCAUGCGGGCCAUGCGGAUGAUGGACAACCUUCCAAGACCACAUACACCUGGAAGGGCCUGAUGGCGCGAGUGGUUCAGAAGAUCCUCGUGCUGGUGCAUGUGGUUUCCAUCCAUGCACUUUUCAUCCAACAAUGGAGCCGGAAGCUGGUCCCAAAGAGGAAAGUGCAAUCGGAGGUGUCAUUGAUAUCCUUUUCGACCCUCUCGCUCUUCUACAUCCUCUACCUCACAUACCUGGCCUUGAGCUCUUUGCAGCUCAAGUAUGAUGUCCACGUCAUGAGGGGAGGCCUACGCUUCUGCCACAGCACCGACAUUGGCAGGAUGCUGAUUUUCAAGGUCUACAGCGCCAUACCCUUCCUGAACGAGCUGCGGGUGAUUACUGACUGGACGGUCACCGAGACAUGCAUGAACUUGUUUAUGUGGAUGAAGCUGGAAGAUGCACACCAUAGCCUCUAUCGGACACGCCUGGACAUGGAAGGCAGAGCUAUGACAGACCCAGCGUCAGCCAGGCCCUUGUUCGAAAAGUUCUACAUGGGUGUGGCACUGCUGGUUCUCUUAAUGGCCUUGCUUGUUGGACCUAUCAUUUUCUUUUCCGCCUUGAACACCUUCAUGCUCACGCCAGGUGUGGUGACCACGGCCAGUAUGUCGGUGGAUUUGCGCGUCGAGGCAAACUAUGGACAUCGGACUUUGAACCUCUACACCGCCUACCAGGAGUACAUCAAAACCUCAGAUGAAGCUGCUGCACAGAGGUUCCAGAAAAGAUUAGUGGAGCAUGAGAUUCCCAUCUCUUUGCAAUACAUCCGAUUUCCCCUGGCGUCCGACGAGUUCUGGGAAAGCUCGACAGCUUUGCAACAGAUGAUGGCCAAGUUUAUCGACCCCGAGAGGCAUCCGGAAGUGUCAGUGAAGUUCAGACUCAGCCUGCACUUCCAACCCAAUGCAAGCUUGCCGGUGGAGACCUUUCAGGAGGUGGCCGUUGGCAACGACACGCGAAAGAUCUUGUACUCCAUGUUCAGUCAUCCUGACAAUCAAGAAGCGAUCUCCUUUGUUGUGCCGGGUCUCUUUCCGAAUUUCAGGAGAAUUGGGAGUGCCAGUGCCAUCACCCCGAUCGACUUCAUAAGGGAUCAGGAGGAGACCCAGAGCAGCGACGUGCAAUUGUCCUUUGAGCCCGGCGAGAAAGACAAACAUCCGGCUAUUUGGAGCGCAGAAGGUGUGCCAACAAGGUUCCUUGCAGGGGAGGUCUAUCAAGAUGUGCCUUUGCUGAGUCGCAUAGGAGAACGCAUGCAGCGCUUUGAAGUGCGAAAAGAGCUUCGCUGUUGGUGGGUGCCUGGCGCACAGUAUGUGACUGGGAAUGCCGCGAAUGCCACUUUUGGUCCUGAGAAGACUGCAGCUGGCAUAGGUACAAGCAGCCUCAGCCUCACCCUAACGUCAAUAAACAGCCUUUACCUUGGCGUGGUUUUAACCAUUGGGAACCUUUUCCGGAGCCUUUUCAAGGGCAGCUCGAAGCGGAUGAUCUACGAGGAAGUCUCUGAUACGGACCUGCUGCUGGAUUUGUGCGAUGGCAUUUACCUGGCACGUGUCCAAGGCAAUCUUGAUGCUGAGUGGAUGUUAUAUCACGAAUUGAUUCGCAUCUACCGCAGCCCAGAGCUUUUAGCGCACAUCUCAGGGAACAAGAGCGGAGGACCGCGCCAGAUCACCAGCCCGGCGCCAAGCCCUGCGACCAAUGCUCGCUGGGGCAAAGUGAAGGAGCAUGUGAGGGCGAACAGCGGCUUGGAGAAGAGCCGAGCAAACACCGCCCCAGAGCGCCAGACCUCCACAAGCGUGGCCUCGGACAGGCUAACUGUGGCCUGUGCUAAAGCCCACAAAGGUGGAGAUGCCAAUGCCAAUAAGGUUGCACUCUGCGAGGUGCUGCCAGCUGAGUCCAUUUGUGCCUGGAGCUCAGGCGCGUUGCGUUUGGCUCGCCGCUGGGCCACCUGCGACCAGGUCUCAGUGCUCAGUGAAGGCCCCACCCGGCCUCCAGCAACACAGGUCAUGGCCCAAGCCUUGACCAAGGCCACCAACAACUUUCACUCCAGCAAGCGACUAGGUGCCGGGUGCUAUGGUGCGGUCUACCGAGGCGAGCUGAAGGAUGGCUCAGAUGUGGCCAUCAAGGCCAUUGAUCUCAGUGUCUUGAUGGGCAAGGGCGAGUGUCCGCAGGAUGCAGGCUUUGAUGAGGAGGUGCAGCUGUUGAGUAAAUUCCGGCACCCACACCUGGUGACGCUUUUAGGGUGGGGACAGCAUGGCCUACAGCGCUACUUGGUGUAUGAGUUCCUGUCUGGUGGCGACGUCUUUCAGAGGCUUCAUAAAAGCCACACUGGAAAGAAGAGCUUUCUUUGGCAUGACAGGCUAUCCGUACUUCUGGAUGCUGCCAGCGGCCUCUCCCACAUGCACAAUGCGCUAGGGUAUAGCAUCCUUGGGGCCAACGCAUCGCCCGUCGCGAUGUAUGACAGCAAGGCAUAUGGGCUAACGCGCUUGCUGGGGAUGUGGUGGUCGUCGCAAGGUUUUGCUGCUGCGGAGAAUUCGCAUGUUUGGUUUACCUUGGUGAAGCGUGAGCAUACCACGCAGGGACGUGCUUUUGUGUUGAGGCCCUUGUCCUGCGUUCAGCAGUGCGCCACUGUCAGUGCCACGUGCGACGACUUCCCAUUUUCAUCCAUUUUCAACGUCAUUCACCAUCCUUCGGGUGCGCUAGGGUGUAGCAUCCUUGGGGCCAACGCAUCGCCCGUCGCGAUGUAUGACAGCAAGGCAUAUGGGCUAACGCGCUUGCUGGGGAUGUGGUGGUCGUGCUUUCGAUGCUUCAAGCCAGCAGAGGUGGGCAUUGGGGCUUUCCUCGGGCAACAUGUGGGCUUUCGCGCGGAGGUCCAACGCUUCGCCUUCGAUUUCCUAGUGCGGGAACAGCAUCACGAUGGUUGGCCCAACCCUGUCAAGGAGUGUGAGGUUUCGGACUUCGUGAAUUUUGCAAAGGCAUGCGAUGAGAAUUGUGAGAAUUCGCAUGUUUGGUUUACCUUGGUGAAGCGUGAGCAUACCACGCCAGAAGCACUCAACAAGAUUGCAAGGGCCUUACAACUUCCAGCACAGACCAAGGCCUUCAGUUUCUGCGGAAUGAAGGAUCGCUGGGGUAUCACCACUCAACGGGGCAGCUUUCCAACUGAUGCCUUGAAGGAUUUGCGUCCAGUGGUGUUCAAGGAUCCGAAUAUCAAGGUUGGGGACCUUGAGUGGAAAGCCAGCAAGGCCCGUGUGGGGAGCCAUCAAGGCAACUGUUUCACCAUGGUGCUGCGAGAUGUCCAGUCGGGCACUGGUGGUUUCCCGAAUUACUUUGGAAUGCAACGCUUCGGCACGGGGCAAAGGCCCUCCUCCGAGAUGGGUCUUUCCCUACUACGACAAGACCACAAGGAGGCUGUCCUAGUGGUGCUCCGCUCGCGUGCGCGGCAUGGCGCGGCAUUGCAGGCCUUCCUCAGGGCUAAAGAGGGUUGUUUCAAUGAAGCGCUGAAGAUGAUCCCGAGAUCCUGCUUGCAAGAGCAUGCAGUCUUGCAACACUUAGCAGAAGAUCCUGAUGACUUUCGGGGAGCAUUGAAGGCUAUACCGCGACAUUUGCGCUUGUUAUGGUGUCGUUCCCUGGGAUCUCACAUUUGGAAUCGCGUCCUCUCCCUUCGCAUCCAGGAAGGGAUGAUGGAACCUCUUGCAGGUGACUUCAUCAUGGACGAGUCUGGCGUUCGAUGCUUGCGCCCAGGGGAGCAGAACGACACUCCUUUGUCGGACAUUCUACUGCCGGUGCCGGGCUUUGAGUGUCAGAGGCCGCAGAAUGACUGUGCCGACAUCUACCAGCGCGUGCUGAACGAGAUGCGGAUUGAUGAGGAGGUGUUCCAGAAGCCAGAGGCAGAAGACGAGAUUUGGAUGGCCGGGAACUUUCGACCUGCGAUUGGCCAGCCGUCACAGUUGGGUGACCCGCCGAAAACAUGCGAUUCGUCCAUGCUAGGAUUCCACUUCAUCGACCACGCGCCGCCCAGCCCCUUGGUGCCGAACGACCUCGAGGAUGGCUGCCACGUGGACGGAUCGUCUCAGCAUGAUCCCCUGGCGCUGGUGGUGGACUUUUGUUUGCCCAAGUCCAGCUAUGCCACCAUGGCAGUACGAGAGCUGAUGAAGAUGGAUCCGUUAGCGAAAACGGGGCGAGCGGGUGGAAGGGGAGAGAUUGCGAGGUUGACUGCAAUGACAGGAAACAUCAGCUCAUCAGCCAGUGGCCAUUUCCGGACUUUGUCGUCCACAGCCGCUCUGAGGCCAACAUAUUGCUCGACCGACACCACACAGCCAAGAUGGCGGACUUUGGUGGCGCUCCCAGACGGACAAACGGAGUAG